AUGUGUCUAUGUCUGUACUUCACGUGUUGUAAGCUGCGAUACUAUAUGUUGCCGGUCGUAGUGUAUGUUUUGUCGCAGACCGAUAUCAUUAAGUACAUCUUAUCAAAACCAUACUUAAGGAAUCGGAUUGGAAAAUGGGCGAUUGCAAUGUCCGAAUUCACAUUGGUGUAUGUUCCCCAAAGAGCAGUAAAAGGACAAGUGUUGGCAGACUUCUUGGCCGAUCACCCUGGUAUUACCCUCAAGGAAGAAACAAUCACGUUCUUCGACAUCGCCGUGUGGAAGAUGUGGUUCGACGGAUCCAGGACAAGCCAGGGGGCAGGCGCGGGAGUACACAUCGUCACGCCCUUGGGGGCAUCCUACCAAUUGUCAUUCAGACUCCAGUUCGAGUGCACCAACAAUCAGGCAGAAUAUGAGGCCCUCAUAUUCGGUUUUGAGAUUUUAGCCGAGCUAGGGGCAAGGGCGAUCAGUGUAAAAGGAGAUUCUUUGCUAGUCAUUAAACAAGUGACAGGAGAAUUCAAAUGCGAGUCCGAGCUGUUGAUAAGGUAUUGCAACAAGGCAAAACACCUGAUCGAAGGCUUUCAGGAUACGAGGAUAGAAUACACAGAGAGGGCCGAUAACGGCGUUGCAAACGACCUAGCUCAGCACGGUAGUGGUUACAAGGUAAACCGAGAGUUCGACGCCAUAAAGAGGGAAACACCGAAUCUCCACACCGGGGGCAUCACGAUCGACGAAAGACAAUUCUCGGUUUACCAGCGGGACGUCACCCAAGAUUGGAGGGACGAGCUCCUUAAGUGGUUCGAAAAACCAGACGCCACGAAUAGGAGGUUGAGGACUUUAGCCCUUAAUUACGUUGUCUGA